AGUUUGCAAGCUGCAUGAAAACCAGGGAGAAUGUGGAAGAUGAAUAUGCAUGUGGCUAAAACUGCAGGAUUGAAUUAGGCUUGGAUUCUUUCUUGAUUCUUCCACAGCCUGCCCCAUACAGACAUUAGCAAAUCACUUUACAAAAACUUGUUUCUUCAUUCAUAAAACAGCAAUUUCUGUUUUACAGAGAGGUGCAAGGCUAGCUGAGUCAAAGCUGAUAAAAUCUAGUGGGAAAGUGCUGCAGAAAGCUUCAUUCCACUGCACUGGCUAAUCUUCCCAAGAGUGUAGUGGUGAGUUUAGAGUGCUGUGAGGUGCAACUCUACAAGCACCCUUUAGGCAGAGCUGGUGUUGGGGACAGUGGAUACCAAAGUUGCUGUAAUUGGGUGUCAGGACAUUACGGAGCAAAAGGAAUUAUUUUGAAAUGGCUUUCCUCUUGUGCAGUGUACUCUCUUUUCCAUAAGCCAGCACAGAUAACAUUUUUCCAAGAAAUUCAGAUAUGGCAGAAGCUCUGCCAUACAGUUCUGUGUGCUAGUCACCACAGGCCUGUUACCGUGAGGCACUGGUAGUAAAUGUGAUCUGUGCUCCAGAUGAUUGUUGUCCUUUGCAAAUGCUGCUCAAGAGAUGCCUUUGUAAUCCUACUGCUUGUGGAAAAACUUUGUGUAACUAUAAGAAGCUGUCUUUGUUCUUUUUCAGGGUUAAACUGACCUGUUACUAUAGAACAAAAACUCCUGAGGCUAGAUAGGUCAAUUAGCAGACGUUCUGAUUACCUUCAGCAAGGGCAUAGCUAAUAGAGUUUUGCUCCUGGAAUGAUCUUUCUUCUAGCCAGAUUAUAAAGGGAGGCUGCAUCCAAGACAAGUUCUCUCAGAGACAGGACACAGAUGAGUGCUGCUAGACCAGGAGAGGAAACAAGGAGGCUUUUGACUGCACAGGCUCAGACAGGACAACACUGCUCACUAAUACUUCUCACUCACCAACAUGUUGGAAGAAGAUAAUGAUGAGACAUGUUGGAAUAACCUGGAGAACUUCCGGGUGAAGCUGAUCUCUGUGAUAGAUCCUUCCCGUAUAACACCCUAUCUUCGCCAGUGCAAAGUGAUCAGCCAUGAUGACGAGGAACAAGUUCUUAAUGACCCCAGCCUGGUCAUGCGCAAACGGAAGGCAGGUGUUCUUCUGGACAUUCUUCAACGAACAGGACACAAGGGCUUUGAGGCAUUUCUAGAGAGUCUUGAGCUUUAUUAUCCACAACUGUAUAAGAAAAUAACUGGCAAGGAGCCCAGCAGGGUUUUCUCUAUGAUUAUAGACACCGCUGGGGAAUCCGGCCUGAGCCAGCUCCUGAUGAACGAGAUCAUGAAGCUGCAGAGCACUGUGCAGGAGGAGCGCCGGAAGGCCCAGGAGCUCACCAUGUGGCUGCACACCAAAGAGGACACGAUCAGAGAGAUGUGGGUAAGGGACAGCCUGCUCCGCAAGCACCAAGAGCGGGCGCAGAAGAUGAAGGAGGAGAGGGACAGCCUAAGCAAGGAGCUGCGGAAGUGCAAGGACGAGAACUACAACCUGGCAAUGAGCUACGCCAAACAGAGCGAGGAGAAGAGCGCUGCCCUCAUGAAGAACCGGGACCUGAUCCUAGAGAUCGAUCACUUGAAGCACAGCCUCAUGAAGGCUGAGGAUGACUGCAAACUGGAGCGUAAGCACACCAUGAAACUGAAGCACGCCAUAGAGCAGCGCCCAAGCCAUGAGGUGAUGUGGGAGAUCCAGCAGGAGAAGGAGUUGCUCUUGGCCAAGAAUCAGGAGCUGGAGAACACUCUCCAGCAGGUUGCCAGGGAACAGAAUUUGGAGAAGAGCCUGUCCAGUGAGACUCUGGAGAAUGACUGUAGCCAGAUACUAGAAGAACGCCAGGAGCUGAUGAACACCAUUUACAGCCUUCGCAAGGAGCUGCGGCGAGCUGAGGUGCUCCAAGACAAAUAUGCAGAGGAAAAAGAGAUGCUUGAACUACAGUGCACGUCUCUGAGGAAGGACUCACAGAUGUAUAAAAAACGGAUUGAAGCUGUCUUGCAGCAGAUGGAGGAAGUGGCUUCCGAAAGAGACCAGGCACUCCUGACCCGAGAACAGUUCUAUAUGCAGUACUCCAAGAACCUGGUUGAGAGGGACGGUUACCGCAAGCAGAUUCGGGAGCUGGGGGAGCGAUGUGAUGAAAUGCAACUGCAGCUCUUCCAAAAGGAGAGUCAGUUACUGGCUACUGAAGCCAAGCUGAAAAGUUUGCAACUGGAGCUACCCACACCGACCUCUGACCUGGAUGAUACCUCCUCCAGAGAUUCCCAGGAACUUACUCUUCACGGUCAUCUAGAUGAAGAUACACAACCGACUAAAAAAGAUUGCCCUGAAGGACAAAACCAGCAAUUCAGCACUCGAGAGAGCAGUCUGCCUCCAAACUCACCCAGUUUCAAGGAGUGUGGCUUAGCCAAUGAGGAACUGGCAGAAAAGGAGCGGAGGAGGAUGAAGGACUGCUUUGAGCGUUACCGAAGAUCUGUCAUGGUUUAACCCCAGCCAGCAACUAAGCACCAUGCAGCUGCUCACUCAGAGGCUCAUGCUCCUAGCUGAACUGGUUGAGACUCCUGUUUUAGUACCAGAGGUAGCCAAGACAGCAAUGAUUGCAUUUGCUGUGAACCGUACAGAUGGUUCCACAGCAGGGAGUGGAGGGUGCUCCAAAGAACUGCAAGUUUAAUAAAUUUGAUAGAUUUCUCCCGUGCGAGUGAAAUCUGUCUGACAUUUACUCUCCAUCUGACAUACUGCUGACUUUCAAGACCAAGCUCCCAUGACUCUGAAUGGGAACAGAUUUCACCCCUCUGUCUUCUUCAAAUGCUCUUGUUGGAAGGCCUGUUCUCCAAAUGUCUGGUGUCUUCACUGAUCACUGCCUUUAUGGAGCAUGAGACUGAUUAAAACCAUGUAAAACAGGGACCUAAGUUCUAGCAUUAGAUAGUAGUGCUCCUAAUGGUACUGUAAACUAUUCUUCUGACUGUUGACAAUACUGUUUUUAUUAAAGAGAGGACUUUGGGUAGGAUUUCUUGGCUUCUUCAGCUGAAUAUCAACAAUACACCACGCUUCAAGAAAUGUAAGAAUGUCUUCAGUUUAGACCAAUUCUUUUUACCCUAUGCUUGCUUCCAGUCACAGCUUUGUUGGGGGUGUGAGCAGACUGUCAUUUCAAUUAAACACUGAGUGGAUUGAUACAUACUGAACGUCCCCACCGAACUCCCCAAAACGUUCAAAUGUUGCUUGUUUGCAGAAAACAUCUUCUAAAAAUGAAACGUCUAGUCUCGUUUUCAGAAAAAGAGCAAUGCGAAGAGUACCGAAGGAUGGACACCACGAGGCGGACUGGGAGAACACCACCGGCAGCGACAACACCGACACCGAAGGCUCCUGAGAGCGGGAGCUGACCUGCGAGGGAAACGCCAUCCUGGUCUGGGGGCUGCUGUGCCCUCUCUAGUUCUCUCUCAGUGGACUACUUUGGUUUU